CAGAUUUUCGAGCACCCCAAACUGAAAUCAUGUUCCCGCGGCUAUGCUAUCCAUUCCUCCAUCUAUCUAUCUAUCUAUCUAUCUAUCUAUCUAUCUAUCUAUCAGUGCAGUAAGGGCAGAUGAUCUCUAUAUAAAACAAGGAAUCUCUGUCAGUCUGUCUGUAUAUAUGGAUGUGUGUUUGUCCUUCACGUAUCUUGAGAACCGUUCAUCUGAUCUACUUCAUAGCUGACAGUGUUCCACAGAUCACUACUUCAUCAUCAUCAUCAUCAUCAUUACCUAACCCUGACAACCACACGAUGGGUAACGGGCUGAGUGAGGAGGAACGAAUCGACAAGUCUGUGCGUGAACUCGGCGACGGUCCAGAUGUGAAAGUCAAUCAGAGAAUCGUGGAUUUCUGCAGUCUGGAUUCUUCAGACAUGCUGAGACGACACUAUGAGAGGAGGAUGGAGGCGUCUGACUGCGCUCCAGACUGGAUCAAGAACCUGGCGGAGAAGCUGGGCGCCUUCACGUCAGCUCCUGAGCUGGCGGGCCUUGGAGCGCUCGCCAUCGCCAUCUUCAUUGACAUUGUGUCGUUCAGUCCGGCGGAGGAGAGCAUGAAGGACGCUCUGCGCUGCGUGUUUGCUGAGGAGAAAGCCUCCGAGGUCUGGGAUCAGAUCGAUGAGUGUCUGAAGAGAUGCAGGAUGAACUUCACCAAUAGACAUGAGCUGAGCAGCGACCUGAAGCAGAUUGAGGGCAAGCUUAGCGCGGCGCUCACCAAGCUGAAGAACUCCAUGUUGAGGGACGGCCACAUGACGAACGAGGCUCUGAAGGCCUGGGUGAACGGGGCGGCCUUCCACAUCCAGAUGCUGAUUCACCUGGUGAGACUGGGAGGGACGGUUACCUGCAACACCGUGGAGACUCUCAUCUCUGAUUACCAGAACGACCUGAUCCAGCUGUUCAAAGAGCACAAGGAGAUGAUCAGAAAGAAGUGCAAGAUGUCAUUUACGGUGGAGACAGUCACUCCUUUUAGAAAUACCGUUCUAGUGGAUGAAAAUUCAAAAGGGCACACCCUUGAUUUUUUCAGCAACCCUGACAAAUUUUUAGAGGCAUAUUAUGAUCACAGGUAUGGUGGACAGAAGCAUGAGAUUCAGCAGCACUUCAGUUCCGUGAGAGAGAAUCUGCAGAGUCUGGUUAGUCAGAGAGGCUCCUUUAACUUCUAAUGAGAGAGAAACUGAUUCAUCUGAAGAGACGCUACAUGGCCAAAAAUAUGAGGACACUCAAACAUAGCAGACAUAUGUAACAGCUGAACCAUGACUUUGUACACGUUGUCAUCACGACAGUUAUCGUUAUCGACCUCAUGUUCGUUUUGACUCAGACUUCUUUCAUGUUUUUUUACUUGGACUGGACCUGGUCCUGAUCUCAAGGCUUUUUUCAGUCUUGUGUCCGUCUUGCAGGUCUUUAGACUCUGACUUGUCUCUUGGUUGUUUUGAUUUAAGACUUGUUGAACAGGGCUGUCCACAUACUUUUGGUCACAUGAUGUUUCUGAUGUUUGUGUCUUUAAAUAAAAACACUACCUUUCAUGGCAGAUACUUAAUAGAAGAAGUAAACUGAUGCAGUGAAGUAAAAGCUAAUCAAUGACUGUAAAGUCACUCUCGACUACAUUAUCAAUAUUUACAGUGAGAUUAAUUGUAUUUGUAACACAUAUAAUCAAGUUUGAAUCUCUAUGUAACCAUGUUAAGUUAUUGUGAAUCUUCAGCAUGUAAUCUUUAACUGAGGAGCUUCAGCCUGAGAGAUGUCUCUAGUCUCUGAGAGUGAACAGAAGUGUUUAGAAAGGUCGAGGCUAAAGUUCAGACGAAGACGAUGUUCAGCUCGCUGCAUCAAAGGAGGCUCCUCAGGAAAGAAACAUAACUAACAAUUACAAUGCUGUUGUAUUUAAUUACUUCUGACUAUGACGUCAAUGUUUUGUAGCCUUCGUGUUCGACAGCUAUUUAAUCUGUUUCACUCUGACUUCUGCUCUUUGUCUGGUCCAGACGUUGAGACCAUAAACAUAUCUGAGCUCUAUUUUAUUAAAUGUGUGACAAUAUUUUAAGAGAGUUUGUUCCACUUUGUCAGAAUGGAAUUGCAACAAUAAUGCAGUAUAAUAAAUAUCAUUUCAAAUG